UCCUCCACUGAACCCUCAUCUCCAUUCCCACCCUGCUGACUUAUCUCUUGGCCGCGGAGGCUACAUUGGCUGGCGAGCGACCAGGAGAGCGGAGCGAGCGCUAGCGGAGGUCGUGCGCCGGCGACGUCAUCGUCCGGAGGGCGGAGGUUGGUGCGCCAUCACUUAUUGAUGAUCCAGAGUUACUACAACUUGGGGAGGUGGAACUUCAAUUUUGUACAAGAUCCCUGGCGAUGAGGUUCCUAUCAUCCGUGGAUAUGCCUUGUCAUCCAUGGAUGGCCAUGGUUAUCCUCCCCUUCCUCCUCCUGCUCCUCAUGCCUCUCGCCUCUGCCGAAACUUGGCCAUUUUGUGGCGACAGCGGUGACUACGAAUUAAAUAGCACCUAUGAAGCCAACCUCCUGCUCCUCUCAUCCACCCUCCCGAACAAGGCAGCAUCCAGCACCACCCUAUUCGCUACCGACACCGUUGGCAAUGGUCCGAACACAAUCUUCGCCCUCGCUCUCUGCCGCGGGGACUACAACGCCUCUGCUUGCGAGGGAUGCUUGGUUAACGCCUUCCAGGAUGGACAGGAGCACUGCCCGAACACUAAGGACGUCACCGUGUACUACAAUGGCAAUCCCUGCAUGCUCAGGUUUUCCAACCAGAAAUUUCUCGCCACCACCGUCAAUGACAAAAUACUUGUCAUUGCGAACAUUGAGAUGCCGCUUAACACCUCGACAAGAGCUGACUCCUUCAGGCUCUUGUUGGUCACACUUCUGAACAACACGGCUCAAUCGGCCGCGAACAGCUCGAGGAGGUUCACCACUUCGCGCUUAGACGUCAGCUCCUUCCCGACGCUUUACUGCCUUAUGCAGUGCACGCCCGACCUGACCGCCGAUGACUGUGCAGCCUGUUUCCAGCCUUACUCCCAGUUAACGCUCAGGUACAUAGACAGUAGGCAAGGUGGUCAAGUUCUGGGGACACGGUGUAGCAUGAGGUACGAGAUAUACCCAUUCUUCCAAGGGGAGCCCAUGCUGCGUACUAUCAACUUGGUAUCUGAACUUCCGGCGAUCAACAACACAAUGCCGCCAGUUACAGUGUACCCGCAGUUGCCGGCUGCGCAAGCCACCAUCCAAGAACACCAAGGACGCAACUCAAACUGGAAGGCGCCGUGGAUUAUUGCUGUUGCAGCUCCAUUACUAUCAAUAUUUCUGUGCUUUAUCUGUUGUAUUGUAUGGAUGACAAGACGAAGAAAAGCUGCCAAGAAUAGGCCGGAAGAAGACACAUUGGUUUGGAGAUUGGAAGAUAAGAGUUCAGAGUUCACUCUCUUUGAAUUUUCUGAGAUACUGCAUGCUACGCGCAACUUCUCCAAAGAAAACCUACUCGGGCAAGGUGGUUUUGGUCCUGUCUACAAGGGCCAAUUAUCAGAUGGAAUAGAAAUUGCAGUUAAAAGGCUUGCCUCACAUUCAAGACAGGGUUUCACAGAAUUCAAAAAUGAAGUUGAACUUAUUGCAAAACUACAACACAGUAAUCUGGUCAAGCUCAUGGGUUGCUGCAUUCAGGGAGAGGAAAAACUUUUGGUGUACGAAUAUUUGCCAAAUAAGAGCUUGGACUUCUUUAUCUUUGAUGUUAGCAGAACAACUUUGGUUGUUUGGAAUAAAAGAUGUGUGAUAAUCGAAGGGAUAGCCCAAGGUCUACUGUAUCUCCACAAGCACUCUCGGUUGCGCAUCAUACACAGAGACCUUAAGGCCAGCAAUAUUCUCUUGGACCAGGACAUGAAUCCUAAAAUUUCUGAUUUUGGGCUAGCUAAAAUUUUCAGCUCCAAUGAUACUCAAGGAAGCACAAAGAGGGUGGUGGGAACAUAUGGCUAUAUGGCUCCGGAGUAUGCAUCUGAAGGCAUUUACUCGAUCAAAUCUGAUGUGUUCAGCUUUGGUGUCUUACUUCUCGAGAUACUUAGCGGACAAAGGAAUUCUGGUUUCCAUCAGCAUGAAGACUUUCUUAACCUCCUUGGAUAUUCAUGGCAGCUCUGGGAAGGAGGAAGAUUUCUUGAGCUUGUAGAAGCAUCAAUUGCUAAGGAGAUCCAUGCAGCGGAGGCUAGGAGGUACAUUAACAUUGCACUAAUGUGCGUACAAGAGCAUGCAGAUGAUCGGCCGACCAUGUCAAAUGUCGUUGCGAUGUUAAACAGCGAGGGUGUUAUUCUUCCAGAGCCUAAGCAUCCGGCAUACUUCAACCUAAGGGUAUCUAAGGAAGAUGAAUCGGGUAGUGUUCUGUACAGUCAUAAUGAUGUAACUAUCUGCAGUAAUAAUGACGUAACCAUCACCGAGGAGCCAGAUGGCAGAUAGUUGGUCACUUUGCUUCAGACCUUCAGUUGUUAAUGGAAGUGCUAGCAAUCAGACAGCUGGCAGGCAUACCAGGUUGGUCAAGUAAAGUAGAGCGGACCAAGUAAGCCUAUCAUGUUUUGGUUCUGAUGAAGGAUUGCGACCGGCGUACCUCUGUAGCGCUUGUUCGGUUCCUGCCGUGAAGGAAGCUCUGCUGGUGUCCGUAGGCUAUAUUGAUAUGCAGGUUAAUACUGUAUUUAGCUUUUGUGCAUCGCACCAUCAUUUUCCACUGGUGGCUGCUGCUGUAGACUUUAAAGGAGGACUUGAAAUCCAAAGGAUUUCAAUCUGAAAGUAGCUGCAUUAACUGAAUCGUGCUGGGCGAAGUAUGUGUUGCAUCUAUGUGCGCCUUUCAUGUUUUCCUCUAGGUUAAUUCCAUUGUGUUCUAGGGUUGUAGCAGUUCCAUAAUGUUACAAAAAGAAGCAUUUUUUGUAGAGUUGUCACGAUAAUACCAACAUUGACGGUGGAUAAAUUCAUUGACCGUACUACUCAUUGCUGCUAAGAACAGGAGUUCUUGAUUUACAGUUUCAAGCAAAAUUUAUUUGGAAAACACCCUUCCAGGA